CGCUGCAGUCGCCCACGCGUUUGCAUACCGAGCGCGCGUAGUAAACAUUCGCGAUUUUUGCCCGCGAGUGAACCUUCUCCUUUCUCGUUCUUCUUGGCGUCUUAUUCUUCCUUCUUCUUCCUCUUCUAUUAUUAUUUUUCUUCUUUCAUUAUGCUGUGUUUGAUUUUCUCGAAGAAAGUGCGAAGGACGAUGCUUUUGUCGCGACUAGCCGUUUGAACCGUUGCCACACACUCGCGCUAGCUGAAAAAUGGCGGGUCGAAGAGCCACCUCGACCAGCAACCUCGACAGCAAUUUAGACGCGUUGCUGGACGAUCUCCAGACGAGCAUCUCGACUGGCAACAGUAGCAGCAGGCAUCGCGUGCAUCAGUCGAGCAGUACGCCGCAGCACAGCACAACGAGGAUCGUGGAGACUAGCCACAGCAGCAGAAAAUCGCCGCUGAGGUCGAUGUCACCGGCAUUGCACACGACAUCGUCGCCCUCGGGAUCGGGAGCUCGCGAGGUCACCGUUGAGAAAUAUGUCAGCACUGGACCUGCCGGUACCGCGUCCGGUAUUCCCGGCCUUGAAAUGCUCGACAAGGAGCUUGCCGACGUCCAGCCAGGUCAAAGCAAGACGGUUGCCUACAAGCAGGUGUCGUACCAUUACGACAAGUCGCAGGAAGGAAAGGAUCUCGAGCCGUGGGUGAAAACUGACAAAAUCAGCAAGAAUGACGCGUCUAUCGUCGAUGACUUCUGCGAGAGGACCUUCAAUCAGACUAGUUCGUCGAGGCCUGUGCGCGAUGUUACGGAUUACGGCAAGACUAAUCAAGAAAUCAUCUACAAAGCGGACGUAUCAUCAAAGACGAUCCCGGUGGUGCAGCCAGUGAGCACGGAGAGCCGAUCGACCGAGCGAGACUUCAAAUAUGUCAAAGAGACAAGUUAUCACACAGAGCCAAGCCCGAUCUCGCCGCGGAAGAACAUCAAGACGGUGCGCACCGACGAGACUGAGGAGUUGACCAACGUCGAGUACAUUCCCGCGUCGACGCCCAUACAGAUACCUGAGCCUGGACCUAACACCAAAGUCACCACUACCAUCAAGACUUACACUUACGAGGUACCCAGGACCCCGAUCACCACCACCACCACCAGUACUACUUCCACUCUGAACAAGAACCUCGAGAAAUCUAUCAGUUAUACGUCGUCCUUGCCGAGGGAACAUGUUCCAGAGAAGACUCUCGUUCACCACAUCGAGGAGCGGCAGCGAGGCGUGCGCGAGUACGUGCCGUCGCCGUCGCCUACCUCGAGCCGCGUGCACCGCGAGCAGAAGAUUUUCGUGGAGGAGCGACGCGGCUACCGCGCGCCGUCGCCGCCGCCACCGGUCACCACCAGCAGCACGCUCACGCGCAGCGAGAAGUACCUGCAGGAGAGUCGGAGCAACGGCUACGGACCGUCGCCGUCGCCGGGGAUCGACUAUCCGGAUCACGCAGUUUCACGCACCACCGAGCGCGUCGUUUACUCGAGCGAGCCACCGAUCGGGAGACCGAUUCCCGUCGAGACCACUGGCAACACGACGAGGACGGUCAAGCAAUACGAGGAGCAUUACGCGAGUGGCGCGAGGCCGCCGAAGCCGACCUAUUACCCAAGCAAUGAGACUCACACUAGUACCACUCAUGUCUACAAGCAGUAUGAGGAGUCCAAUCUUAUGCCGAAACCUUUCCCUACCAGCGAAAGACCCGUUAGUCCAAGGCAAGAGCCACCCAAGAGGAUCGAGGAUCUUAUGUCGUCGUUCUCCGAGUCGAAGGAGGUGGUCGAGGUCAUGGAGAAGCGUGACCAAAGAAAGGGAGUCGACUUCGUACCUCACUCGCCACCGAUAGUCCAGAGUAAGAAUAUAGCAGGGCCACCUGUGUAUUAUCCACCAGGUUCCGCCGAGUUCAAGAAGAGAGAAGAACAUAUGGUCGCUAUGUCGGCCAAGGGUGGUGGAGAGGGUUGGCAAAAGGAAGAAUCUAUGUCCGCAAUGUCUAAACGAAGCGGAGGAUGGGAGAAAAAGCGAGCAGCAUGGGAGUACGGAGGCUCAGAACGACACGAGGAGAAAACGAAAUCGAAAAAAGCCGUGGUACCAAUGUGCUUACCACUCUGUUGUGCCUUGCCAUGCGUCAUCAUGUAAUUGUUGUGACGAUAGAAAAAUAAAAACGCUUUUUUUUUCGAGGUAUACUCUUGCUCCUAAGCGAAUGAGAUAAAUACGAAAUAACGUUCAGUCUGAACCUUGUAUGCCAUAUGCCGUAGUUGUAUACACAGUUAAUAGAACAUCUGAGUUCUAUGUCUUAAUUAACUUAAAUGUGAACCCUGUCAAUGUCGUCUUCUAAUCAAUUUUUUUUCUGUUCUUCUUUUUAUUCGAUAUUAUGCUUUUGUGUAAUAAUAACGACAUUAUGCGAGAGAUUAAUCAUACAAUAUAUAGUAUAGCAUAGAAUAUAGUCCAAAUAGAUAUACAAUAACUUUGUUAUAAACCUUUAAAUAAAAUGGAUAAUUUAGAAAAUAAAUUUUCAUUUUGUUCUAUUGACAAUAAGAUAUUCAUAACAAUAAUAAACAAAACAAAACA